AUGCAUGUAGAAAGAAUUAAACGAUUAAAAGAAUAUUAUGGACAAGAUUUGCAUCAUAUAAAACUAAUAUAUAAUCAGGAAGUAUUAAAAACAGAAAUAAUUAAUACUGUUAGACGGAGAGCAAAAGAAAUAGUGGUAACAAAAUAUAAAGAUAUCCAGAUAGAAAAAAGGAAUAAAGGAAAAGGGCAUAAAGUAUCUUCUAAAAAACAAAUAUAUCGAAUGUCAUCAAAAGAAGCAAUUCAAAUUCUUUUACCAAUGGUCAAAUAUCCUAACCCACCUAUAGAUAAAGGAAUACAAAAUUAUUUGGAUGUUUUAGCAGAAAAUAUACCAUCUUCUAAUAUUUGGGAUAAACAUUGA